UCAACUACAUACACUCAAAAAAGGAUGAAUCCUAUGUUUUAUAUCCUUCUUGCCUUAACCGCUGUUUUGGCCGUGACCGCAAGCCCCGGCGAACCAGUUCUUGACAUUAAUGGUGAUAUCAUAUUCGACGGCAGUUACUACGUUCUCCCACGCAUCUUCGGCCCUGCAGGUGGCGGCCUGACUCUCGCCCCCCAUGGUGGCAACAAUUGUCCCCUCUAUAUCGGACAGGAAUAUUCAGAGGUCAACAGGGGCAUUCCCGUAAGAUUUUCAGACUGGAGGACUAAAGUUGCGUUCGUUCCUGAAUCAACGAACCUCAACAUAGAGAUGGACGUCAAAGCCACGAUAUGUGUUCAGUCAACCUAUUGGUAUGUACCUGCACCCGACAUGGUGUUUGAGGCGGCGUUCAUAGCGGCUGGUCCUAAACCAUCGAAUGAUUUCUUCCAGAUCAAGAAAAUUGAAGAUUCUAUUGGAGGUUACAAGAUUGUGUUUUGUUUUAACGGUGAAGAUUGCGUCGAUGUCGGGAUAUUUGUGGACAAACAUGGCGUUAGGCGUUUGGCUUUAGCCUCUACGCCCUUCGAGGUUGUGUUCGUGAGAGCUAGUGAGACAAAGACUUCGUCCAAGCCUGUUAUGUCUAUUAUAAGAGGAUAA